AUGACGAGAUUCAUGAAGCUCUGCAGCACUUCACCGCCCUCCGACCGAGUAAAUGUCCGUCAGCGGACCCUGAUCGUCUUCAUCCCGCGCGCGGAGUGCGGGGAGCAGUACCGAGAGCCAGUUGGGGCACGCAGCCCAGUGUUGCCAUGCCACGGAUCGCGAAGCUUCGAAUUGGUCGUCGGGGCCCACCGCAGUCGGAAACUGCGCUAG